AUGACUGCCGCCAUUGCCGACUUUGAAAAUAUCUUUCGAGGGUUAGGUCCCACUCCUGGAAAGUUACGAAUUGCUGCGAGUGGAUUGGGUUGGAAACCUGUUGAUGCAAAUCCAGUGGUGACAGUACCCAAAGAUGAAAUUAAAUGGGUUCAAUGGAUCAAAGUCGCAAGAGGUUAUCAGCUUAGGAUUGGAUUGAACCGAGAUCGUUCAGAUAUCAAGAUUGGAGAUCGUCGAAGGACAACUUUUGAUGGAUUCCGAGCUGAUGAUCAUGAUAAACUUGCCAACUUAUUUAAACAACAUUUUCAUGUGACAUUGGAAACCAAGGAUAUGAGUUUACGAGGAUGGAAUUGGGGAAAAGCUGAUGUUCAAGCUUCCGAUUUAGCUUUCAUGGUAGCAGGAAAGCCAGCCUUUGAAGUACCUUUGGCAUUUGUACAUAAUGCAUCAAUCACCAAAACAGAAGUAGCGCUCGAAUUUUUAGAUCAAGCAGUUUUACAACCCAAAGCCGAUGGACUUUCAGGAUCAAUCAAGAAUGCAAGAAAGACAGUCACCGAUCAAUUGGUAGAAUUAAGAUUAUAUGUACCAGGAAAUGCAUCUUCAAAUAAUGCAGCUGAGAAUGGAACUAAUGCUGGGAGUGAUAUAGAUGAUACGGGUGAUGGUGAUGGUGAUGGGAUGAGUGCUGCUCAAGCUCUUCAUGAUAUGGUCAUGGACAAAGCUGAAAUUGGUCGGGUUCAAGGAGAAGGAAUCGUCACUUUCCCUGACGUGCUUUGUACAACACCUCGUGGAAGAUACGAUAUUGAUAUGUACUCCGAUUUCCUUCGCUUACGUGGUAAAACUUAUGAUUAUAAAGUAUUAUAUUCGAGUAUUCUACGUCUUUUUCUCUUGCCUAAGCCAGAUGACAUUCAUUUCAACUUUGUGGUACAACUCGAUCCACCGAUACGACAAGGUCAAACUCGGUAUCCGUUUUUAGUAAUGCAAUUUGCAAAGGAUGAGGAGAUGGAUGCUGAAUUGAAUCUUGACGAUGAGACCCUAACAUCUACAUUUCAACAAGAACAUAAUAAGGUGGAAGGACAAGCCCAUGAAGUUGUAUCCAUCAUUUUCAAAGGACUAGCGAGGAAAAAAAUCAUAUUCCCACAGAAUUUCACAAGCGUUACCGGACAAACAGCCGUUAAAUGUAGUAUGAAGACUAACGAGGGUCUAAUAUAUUUCCUCGACAAAUAUAUCCUCUUCAUUUCAAAACAACCUUUACUUGUUGCACUCUCUGAUCUCCAUUCAGUUAAAUUCGCAAGGGUAGGUGGAGCUUUACAAUCUGGUAGAACAUUUGAUCUUGUUCUAAAGAAGAAGGAUGAAGUGGAUCUUCAAUUUUCAAGUUUAAGUAAAGAAGAACAUACAGUGAUUGAUGAAUAUUUUAAAGGAAAAGGGAAGAAAGUAUUGAAUGAGAUGAAUGAAGAUGCGAUGACUGCAGCUGCUGUAGCUCUUUCGGAUGAUGAAGAUGAACCGAUGGAUGAGGAUAGUGCGGAUGAUAGUCGGAAAGGUGAAAAGAAAGCUGCUCGUGGUGGUGAUGAUGAAGAUGAUGAAUCAGGUCAGCUUUGA